AUGGCUCUAUCAUAUGUAUAUACUAAAAAACGAAGUGACUUCGGCCGUCAGCUGCAGUUCACCAUAGGGAAGACAGACAUGUGUGACAGUAUCGGCGUCAACAAAAUCGAGCACAAGCUGUACAUCCUGCGCAACCCCGUGCACGAGCUCACGCAGCACACGCCGCGCUUCUCGCAGUGCGAGAUCAACACCAUCCGCGCUGAGUACGCCACCAGUGGCGCCAACCAUGCCGAAGGCGGGUGGCCCAAAGAUGUUAACGUACACGAUCCUGAAGCCACGCAGAGGUACCGCCGUAAGAUUGAGAAGGACGAUAGUUAUAUUCACUGCAUCAUGGCACUUUCACCGGGAUUAGAGAAACUAGUUUUGCAGAACAAUGCAAUUGAAAUGUACCAAACUUAUUACGCAGAGCUAGCGAACAUGCCGGCAAUAGAGCAAAGCGGUUGCCGCACGGUGAACGUGUACCGCGACAGCGCAGGCGCCGCCAAGGUGGACGGUCGGGCUCUAAACCCUCUAGUCCUUGCCGGCCAAUCAGUUCUAUUUGCUGGCUGCCUGACGGCGGAUCGCGCUUCGCCGCUACGUACGUGGACGUCGACUUCAAUCGUCAAACACACGCUCCCCUUGAAGCAUACAUUUGGGACGUGGACAACCCAAACAGUCCAGAAACGACUAUAACUCCACCGUGUCCAAUGUUAGACUUGCAGUACAAUCCGAAGGAUUCGCACGUGCUAGCGGGUGGCCUGAUGAACGGCGGAGUGGCUGCGUGGGACUUGCGGGUCAAGGGAGACAAGCCAACAGCAGCGAGUCCGCCGCACGUGGCGCACCGCGACUUCGUCAGAAACGUCUUGUUCAUCAACUCUAAGAGUGGCUUAGAGUUCUUUUCAGGCGGGCCAGACGGUGCCGUCAAGUGGUGGGAUAUUCGCAAAAUUGAGGAACCUACCGAUGAAAUGAUCAUCGACUUGGUCAAAACUCAAAACGACGUUCAAACCAUGGCCAAUUCCAACGGCGUGAGUGCGCUCGAGUACGAAUCUACACUACCGACGCGCUUCAUGGUCGGCACCGAGAAUGGACUUGUCAUAAAUGGCAACCGCAAGGGAAAGUCUGCAAUGGACAAGUUGCCAGCAAAGUUUGAUGCGCACGUGGGGCCAGUGUGGCGGGUGGAGCGCAACCCUGGCUUCCUGAAGAACUUCCUGACAGUCGGCGACUGGACGGCGCGCGUGUGGAGUGAAGAGUGCCGCGAGUCCUCUGUGUUGUGGACGCCGCCUGCGCGCCACCGGAUCACUAACGGCACCUGGAGCCCCACGCGGGUGUCGCUGAUGCUGUUGACCCAGUACGACGGCAACCUUUCUAUCUGGGACUUGCUGCGGCGCCAGCAUGAGCCCGUGCUCACCAUGCAGGUGUGCGAGGAACCGCUGGUGACGGUGCGCUCACACGAUGCAGGUUCACUGCUCACAUGCGGCAGUCAGAAGGGGAACAUUUACUUGCUGGAACUGUCGCAGAACCUGGCCACGAGUGACAAGAACGAUAAGCUGCUGCUCACCGCGGUGUUGGAGCGGGAGAGCAAGCGCGAGCGCAUCCUGGAGGCGCGCCUGCGCGAGAUCCGGCUGAAGCAGCGGCAGGCGGAGGGCAGCCCGGUGCACUCCGUCAGCGACAUGGAAGCCACACUCGGCGACAGAGACCUGAACGAGGCGGCGCAGGAGUUUAUGCAGAUCACCCGCAAGGAGUUCGCUGCAUUGUAA